AUGGAUGAUGCUAGAGGUCCACCCAAAAGAGUUAGAAGAAAUCGCCAAUCUCCUAAUACUUUGGCCAGAUCUUCUGCUUCUUCCUCCAAUUCAAGACAUGCUAAUGAAGUUGUUACUAGGGAUAAUCCAGCAUUUCCCUUUCAGCCUUUGUUUAAUGUUCAAGCACCUAAUACAAAUGAAAGUUUAUUAGAGAGUGCAAAUAUGGGUUUUCAGAGAUACUAUAGUGAAACAAUUGGCAUAAGAUUAUCUCAUCGUCCUAUCUUCCGACAUCAACGUCGUCGGUAUGAUCUCCCAACAAUUCCUAUGCAUGGAGUUCCACCAAAUCCUCCACAUGGUGUUGUAGUCCCACCACAGAGGAAUUGUCAUGAAUUGACAAGCUUUAUUGACACGGAAAGCAAUAUCUGGUCUCGUGAGGGUCACAUAUUGAAGUGCUCCAAUAAUGAAGUGAAACAAGUCAUGUUCCAGAUGACACAACCAAUUCUUGUAAAAGAAUUUCAAGUUAGGCCUCCUAAACAUAGAGGAGAGCUUCCACAUUGUAGAAAGAUUAAGGCUCAGAUGUGCUAG